GAUUAUGUCAGCAAAUCUCCCUCAGUUUGACUUUUUCUAAUAAAUACGUACAAAGCAGCCAACCUUAGGCGAUAGAUCGGUCUUAUCACAUCCUCCAGCUAGUUUAUCUCUUCUAGGAUUCAUGAAAAGCUUACGGGAUUUAUGACCUCAGCUCACUGCUAAUGCCUACAUUAAAUGAACUUAUAAAUAGGGCAAUAUCCUUAAUAUCUGCUCCUGAUCCCAACGACCCAAUUCUGGAAUGUUAUGAAUACGAAGUUAAGAAACUGAAAACUGCUCUACUGGACACACCGGACAGUGCCCUCCAACUCGCUGACGUGAAUCUAAGAAUAUUUCCCUUCAAGGAUGUGAAAGACUGUUGGCGGAGGCUUUACACUGAUGCCAGCCUAAUUAAAGCAUGCCUGCUACUGAAGAGACAUGUCCAACACAUUGACAGGGCCGGCCAUGUCGGCGGGAAGACGGUAUAUAAUGCACAGCAAGUGUGCCUGAGUGGACCACUGGAUGAAGGAAAAGAUGAAUACUCGGAGAUGCACCCUCCCACUGAUUAUCUUUGGGUAUCAGAUGUGAUUCACAUACUGGAUAAAGCUUUGAUAAUGUCUGGUGCUCCUCGCCGAACAAGACUAAUAGAGGACCUGUUAUCUACAUUACAAGGAAGCCUUCACUUUGAUUAUGUUACCUCAUUUAUCUCAUCUGUACCACCCGGCCAACCUGAGCUUCCUCACCUACUUCCGUCUCGGCCGGCUAAGAGGCAAAAGGUAGGCGAGAGAAGCAGUCUAUUUCCUUUAGAUUAUGCACCUCAGCCUCCUUUAAAGAAUCCUGUUCCCCGGGCUGCAGAGCUUACAUUUGAGGAAUUUACAGAACACAUAUGGAAUAUACGCACGCCCGUAGUGAUUACCAAUGCGAUUGACCACUGGCCAGCUCUCUCUUCACGGCCAUGGUCGUCACUCAAAUACUGGGCGGAAAGGACAUUUGGCGGAAGAAGAUUGGUUCCAGUCGAGGUUGGGAGGUCCUAUACUGACGAAGGUUGGGGCCAGCGGAUUAUGCCAUUUGCAGAAUUUGUAAAAGAUUAUCUAUGGCGAAGCACCAGUUCAACUGGUGAGGAAGCACAGACUGGUUAUAUGGCACAGCAUGACCUUUUGACACAGAUUCCGUCCCUGAAGGAAGAUAUUUAUAUUCCCGAUUACUGCUAUACCGAACCACCUGAACCUGAACCAGGUACUCCCCUAUAUAAAAAGAACAUACAACAAGCAGACAACGGAAGCAGUUCAAAGGAAGUUCAGCAAGGUGAAGCAUCGAGGCCUCAUGGCAAAAAAGGAAAAGUUAUCGGAUACCAUGAUAAUGCGGAUGACGAAGAUGCUCUCAGUGAUAAUAUUACCACGGCUGACCCCAUAAUUAAUACUUGGAUAGGGCCUUCAUGGACAAUAUCUCCAUUACAUCAUGACCCAUAUCAUAACAUCCUGACUCAAGUGGUUGGCGCAAAAUAUAUUCGACUUUAUUCUCCUCACACUCCAGCAAGUCAAAUUUACCCGCGUGGAAAAGAAGUUGUGAACCAUAAAGCUUCGGAUGCAUCUACCACGGAGAAGAAGGGGGACGCAGACGAGGAGCAAAUAGAUAUGUCCAAUACAUCUCAAGUUGACAUAUCAGCCAUUGAGUUAUCCCCUGCAGAGAUAGAAACCUGGGAAGAUCUUUGGCCGGGCUUUUUCAAAGCAGAGUAUGUAGAAACAGUUCUACAAGAGGGCGAAUGCCUAUACAUCCCUAUCGGCUGGUGGCACUAUGUUCGAGGAUUGCAAGCUGGUAUUAGUGUUAGCUUUUGGUGGAGUAAAUAAUAGCACGGGAACUAAAUACUUGUUAUGCCGCUGACUGUUAUUAAUAAACAUACACCUAAUAUCAUAAUUGAUACACUUGCAACACCAGCGAGCAUCCAUCUCUCGACGUAUGGUACCCUAUUUGUUGAAUACUCCGUAUCCACUCUACUUUGCUCAACAUAGGCCGGCCAUUUACCAAAUGCGAAUUCUCAGGAUUGUCAAGAAUAGUAUUCAUCUGAGACUCACAGAAAACUCCAGUCUCAUUCGCGAUAUACCGUAUAGAGAGCCAAAAGAGUAACCGUUCUUUGCUAAUUCCUGCCUCUCUCAUAUCACCCAGGAGUACCAGCAUAAUAGCUGCCUAGUUACAUAUUACCAAUCCCUCCAAACUAUCAACCAUACUCAACUUGGCACAAGCCAGCAGCUAACAAGAAUUCCUCCAAAAAACCACGCAAUAUUUAUACUUCAGAGUCAGAGUUAUCAUUGGGAUACCAGGUAGUAAGUUGCCGAUGUUCGCUGAUUAUAUAUUGUAUAAACUUAGCCCUUAAAAAGAAGAAAUAUCUCGUCCAUUAGUAAGACAAAAGUAUUCCCAGGUGCAGGGUAUAGCUGGCAGGCUCAAGUAAAAGGGGAAACAAGUUAAAGAGCUGGGAAUAGGACGUUGUUCCUUGGUAUAGUCAUCAGGUAUUCCUCGUGUCUUUUAAGGCGGACUUUGGUCCUAAGUCGAGGUUUAGGCAGAGGGAUUGGAAUUCUGUGAUCAACAUGGGAGGUUAACAAAAAGGCUCCAUUGGGUGAUACAAACCAGGCUCGGAAAAAUCCUCCUUGGCAUAGUAGCGAUGCUAAGCCUGUAAGAAAAGGAGAUGACACUGGCCAUAUACUAUUGGUCAAUAUUAUCGAGGCCCAGAGAAUUGCAACUGUAUCUAGGACUUGGUUAUCUAAACCUUUGAUGUUGACAUAAUCUCAAAUGCCAUAUUCGGAUUCCAUAUGAGUUAGACCCUAUGAAGAGAUAGGCGUUAGGUCGCAGAGUUCUGAAAGCCAUCCAAGUAGGGUAGACACGAGGAAUUGGAGCGUUUAGCAGUGAUUACUGGGUAAAUCCAAUCACUAUAUUAAUCUCGCGACGAUAUCGUAGUGAUCUUAGAAUACCAAUAGCUACUUUGACGGGCUAGCUAUAGUAGACACAUCCAUGCUUUACAGGCCAUCCUAAGCCUCAGGGACCGGGAUGAGGUUGAUCAGUUCUCCUUUUUAAUAUCCAGCGUUAACUAUAGAUCCAGCGUUAACUAUAGCCACCCUGAAAGCUCCAUGAAAGGAGUGGAUUUUUAUUUCAUUAAUUGCUAUCAAAAGUUUCACUGACGCUAAAGGGGCACUAGUGUCUAUUUGAUAGGCAAGUUGGUUUGAGCGAACUGCCUCAUUUAGCUACGAUAACUAUAAAUAAAUGGUCAGAAUAGCUGACUCCUGCUUUAACUAGCUAACUAUUUCAAUGAUUUCGCCUUGCUACCGGGUACUCAGUGUGCCAGAGGUAACUAAUUGGAUACGUGGGUUCAUGUAUCAAUUUUCAGCAAAAUGUAUCCCCUGAAACCCUGGCAUUAGUGCGUCCUCAGUGACUAUACAACACGUUAUAGAAAGACAAAACCCUACACAUCAAUCCAUGUAAUGCGGGGGGCAGGUGGUCGAGUGGUAAUACGGCUGCCUGGAAGCCCUGGUAAGUAGGAUUUACUGGUUGGGGCCCGGCCAUCUGAGAUACCAGGGUUGUAGGUUCGAUUCCUACGCUCCCUAAGAUUAUAUUACUAUAGGGAGUCCCCCUCCCUAGGAGGAGUAGGGUACUACCUUAAGGCUUUUACUUAUUGCUAUUAAAUAAUAUCUAGAUACCCUAGUUACCUUAGGUUUUGAGGGUUUUCCCUAAGGCUAUAGACUAGUUAUUAGGAGAACCUUAUAAAUAGUAAGGGGUUAACUACCUCCCCUAAGGCCUAUAGGGUGGUUUAAGCUUAGUUAAAUAGAAUACCUAACUAGGAACCCUAUAUUAAGGAAGACAUAUAUAUAUAAUUAGCUAAGAGAUAGUGUUUGAGUCCUCAUAGUCAUUGACUGCAUAGGACUAUAAUGAAGAACCACCACCACCACCAUCCAUAUAAUGCUCUUGAACUCUCUAAUUAUUCCCAGGUGGAAGUGUAUAAUCCCCUCAAUAACAGUAUUUCCAACAUAUCGAGUGUGAAAGGUCUAGUUAAAUGCUUAUACUUUGUUACAUAACCAUAAGACCUAGGAGUGAGAUAUACCAUCUAAAUACUUUUCUGUGAGUGGCCAAGGAAAUCUGGACUUAAAGAAAUAUAUAAGUUAUUCGAGUCUGGUGGUGUAUAUGGAACUGUGUAUAAUAUGCGUAUACAGCAUUACCUAGAAAUUGUCAUCUACCCGGCCGACAAAAAUGGAACACUACCAUUUCGGGCUGAAAGGCGGACGCGUGGGCAGGAUCAUCAUACACUUCUAAUCAUGAUUCGUUCUCAUGAAGAGUAAAUUGAAAAGUUUUAGAUAUAAUUUGGUGAGAACUGUUUUCUGUCUUCAACACUCCAAUGAAUUUUUCAGCCACGCAAGAAAUAUGUUCACGUAUAUCCGUGUAUCGCUUCGGUUAUGUCGAUUUUUAGCCCUGUUCGGACAGAUCAGCGACGGAUUAGGGUUGAAGGCGACAAGGCGUUUUGGGGCCCCUCAGAGAGUGAAUAUAAGGAGCUUGUCUGUUCCAAGGGAACCU